AUGUCGACCACUGCAAGCGGUACCUCCACGCCCGCGGCUAUCCGGCCGCUCGCCCCGGCCGACCACGAGCCGCUGCGCGCCCUCAACAACGAGUUUGCGGCCGAGCUCAACUGGCAAGAGCCGGACAGCUUCGAGAGCCUGCUCUCGAACGCAUUCUUCACGCGCACCAUCGGUGACCAGGAGGCGCUGCUCGUCGCCUUUGACCAGGACGACACGUAUGACAAUGUCAACUUCAUCUGGCACGGCAAGCGCCGCGACAAGUUUGUCUACAUCGACCGCAUCGUCAUCUCGCCCUCGGCACGAGGCAAGGGCUACGCGCGCGCCCUGUACGACCACUUGAAUGCUGAGGCGAAAGCCCAGGGACACCAGUGGGUCACCUGCGAGAUCUACGUCGACCCGCCCAACCUCGGCAGCAUUGCCUUCCACGAGAAGCUCGGCUUCAAGGAGGUCGGAAGGGGCCAGGCCAACGGCAAGACGGUCGGAUACUUUGAGAAGCAGCUGUAG